CGGCGGGUCGCCGCAGUCACUCACCUGAGCGCCUCGGUCUGAGCGCGCACGGCCCGCGCGUCCUCCGCCCGCCCGCUCGCCAGCCCGCCCGGCCCUCGACUCAUGUCCCGCCGCAAGGCCGGCUGCUUGCCCCGCCGAGUAGACCCCGCGCCCGCCGCCAACACAGACGACGAGAUGGAGAUGCCGGACCUCGUCAUCGAAAUGAAGCCGGAGCCAGACGUGCGGCCCCUACAGGCCCCGGGGCUGGGGCCCUUCUCCCCGAAGGAAGUGCCCACGCCGGAGCGGUUCGAGGGCGAACCCCGCCGUUCCUCCGGCCCCGUGCCCGUCGGGAGCCCUCUCCACGCCCUCGGCGCGCGGAACCAGUGGGCACUGUGGACGCCGCUGAUCCUCAACCCUCGCGACCGCCAGCCCUGGACCGACAAACACCCAGAUCUGUUGACCUGCGGCCGCUGCCUGCAGACCUUUCCUUUGGAAGCCAUCACUGCUUUCAUGGACCACAAGAAGCUGGACUGUCAGCUUUUCAGAGGCCCCAGCCCCGGCCAGGGCUCAGAACGCCAGGACCCCAAGGCCCUGGGCUGCUUCCGUUGCGGGAGACAGUUCUCAGGGGCCUGGAAACUGCUGCGCCAUGCCCAGUGGGACCACGGACUGUCCAUCUACCAGACGGAGCCCGAGGCCCCAGAGGCCCCGCUGCUGGGCCUGGCAGAGGUGGCCGCCGCCGUGUCGGCGGUGGUGGAGCCGGAAGCUGAGGCCAAGGGCCCCCGGGUGAGCAUCCCCCCGCGGCGGAGCCCCACCUGCCCCGUGUGCGCGAAGACCCUCAGCUCCUUCAGCAAUCUCAAAGUGCACAUGCGCUCGCACACAGGCGAGCGGCCCUAUGCCUGUGACCAGUGUCCCUACACCUGUACCCAGAGUAGCAAGCUCAACCGCCACAAGAAGACCCACCGGCAGCCACGGCCUCAGAGCCCCUUCAAGGCCAAAGCCAGUCCAGAACAGGCCUCUGCCACUGCCCCUCCUGAGCCAGCGGCCCACGCCGCGGCCCCGGCCAGCACCCUCCUGCGCAGCAGUGGCGAGAGCGCCGGAGCGGCCGCCACGGCGGGGGUCCAGGAACCCGGGGCUCCUGGUGGUGGGGCGCAGGUGGGCCCCGGCGGGGCCAGUUGGGAAGCUACCACCAAGGAACAGAGAACUGAACCUGCGAAGGGCCCGACGUCCCCCAAGAAGCUGCCAAAGCCGGCGGUCAAGAGCCGCGGGCCCGGGGGCAGCUGUGAGUUCUGUGGAAAGCACUUCACCAACAGCAGCAACCUGACGGUGCACCGGCGCUCACACACGGGCGAGCGGCCCUACACCUGCGAGCUCUGUCCCUACGCCUGUGCCCAGAGCAGCAAGCUCAACCGCCACCGCCGCAUGCACGGCCUGGGGCCGGGCAGCACCCGCUUCGAAUGUCCCCACUGCUGUGUGCCCUUCGGCCUGCGUGCCACCCUGGACAAACACCUGCGGCAGAAGCACCCCGAGGUGGCCGGGGACGCCUGAGGCGCGGGAACGCCCUCUCUGCGGUCCCUGGUACCACCGUUACCGUGCUUGUCGACCUUGGCCUUGGCUCUGCUGCGAGUAAACCUCCCGCCUAGAACACA